AUGGAAUUAGGCAGAUUCUGUUUAACGAUUCCAGUUGCACUUGUUUUAUUUAUUAUAAGCUGGUCAUACUAUGUAGUCGUAUUUGUUGCAAUCCGAGAUUUAAUCACUAGUACAUGUUUGUUGUUAUUUUUCUUCUCUCUGUAUCAUGUUUUGGUCAUUUUAUUUCUUUGGUCAUUUUGGAAAUCAACAUAUACGCAGAUAAGUACAAUACCAAAAAAUUUCUAUCUUACUGCUGAUGAGACGAAAUAUUUUAUAGAAUUGGAAAAUGAUCACGAUCGGUCAGCAUUUCUGAAUAAUUUAUCUGUUACAAAACAAUUACCUGUACUUACUGUUGGGAAAAGAUUCAAUGCACAAUUCUGUGAUAUAUGUUUUCUUUUAAAGCCAGAUCGUACACAUCAUUGUUCAAGUUGUAUGAGAUGUGUUCCUAAAAUGGAUCAUCAUUGUCCUUGGAUAAAUAACUGUAUUGGUUACCAUAAUUAUAAAUACUUCAUUUUACUUAUCUUCUACGGUUUUCUGUAUUGCAUACUGUGUUUUCUAUUUGCUUUAUCCUACUUACUGAAAUACAUAAAGAUUCGGCCGACUAAUGAUGCUAAUAAUCGAUCGUGGGGUUUGUUUUGUACAUUUACUGUUUCACUUCUGUCGGCUGUGUUUUCAUUGGCAUUGUUAAUUCUGCUUCUGUUUCAUACGUACUUAAUAUUUAAAAAUAAGUCUACUCUGGAAUACUUUCGGCCACCGAAUUUUCGUAAUGACGCUCAUCAUAUAUAUGGUUUUAAUCUUGGAUGGAAGAAAAAUUUUCUUCAAAUAUUCGGUGAUAACAUCAGACAUUGGCUGCUACCAGUAUACUCUAGUCAAGGAGAUGGAGUCUCUUACGGGAUCCGGGAAAUUCCUGACCAUGAAGACUACGCCCAGUUGCUGUCAACUAUUUAG